ACAAAUUCAAUUAGUUUUGAGACCAAAAAAAUAUAAUACAGUUUUUUAUUAUUUCUUUUUAAUGCAAUUGAUUUUCUGCUCUUAUUAUUCAAACAAUUUUGACGACAAUAUAUAGAUAUUUGUCUUGAAUUUUAAGUUUACUUUUCAUUCAUUGAAAAAAGAAGAAAACAAUUCAUUGUCUUAUCGGAAAUUCAAGACAACGGAUCCGAAGAUAAUAAUAUUUUUGCAAACAUUUUAAUCGUAUUUUCGAUAUCGAUAUUCAAAGAGACUAACGAGAAGAAUAACAAUUGCGUUGAACAGGAAUUUAUUGGUUUAAUAAUUGAAUUAAUAUAUUAUUAAUACAAUAAGUGAUACAAAUUGAAGGGCCGUUUGAUAUGAAACUAUUGGAAAGCAGUCGUUUCGAGGCACUCAACUGUGCCCUGCAUUUCGAUGCCGAACAGUACCAGAUAGUGGCCAGAGUGGAGAGCUAUUCGUGCAAAAUGGCCGGCAAUGAGAAGAAGCUCUAUAAGACAAUGCACAACGAAGAGGGCAAGAGUCCCAACGAUUUGCAGGCCUUAUCGCCGCCACAAACCAUUAUCGCACACUCGCACAGCCCUAACAAAUACAGUCGAAGUCAGAGCAGCGACGGAGAGGGCGGACAUCUGUGCGAUACUAUCAGUCGGAAGACACUCUUCUAUUUGAUUGCGACACUCAAUGCCUCGCAUCCGGACUACGACUUCAGUAAUUCAAGAAGUGAUGAGUUCAGUAAAGAGCCGAGUGUUAAGUGGGUUAUGGAUGCCGUGGACUCGAACUUCUUCAGCACAGCCGCCCGUCAGGCUUACAACUCGGUUAAGGCUCAGCUGUGGUCUGCGAUUGAUAGCGAGAUCACACUAUCCGAGUGCGAUAUAUACAGGCAAGUGCUUUAUGACUAUAAUCCUGACCUCAAUUCUGAUCCGUACGGAGAGGACGGAUGCCUUUGGUCUUAUAAUUACUUUUUCUACUCCAAGAAACUCAAGCGCAUUGUCUUUUUGACGUAUCGGGCCGUCAGUAAAAUGGAUGACUACGAGGGACUGUCGAGCGCCGACUACACGCCCAUCGACAUAGACAUGGAUGACGUUUAGAUUAACGAAUCUCUCUCGAGAAACAUAUAUAUAAUUCGCUCGCAUUUCGCAAAUCAAUACUUUUGAACAUAAAACACAAACCAAGUGUUGUUUUAUACAUCACGUAAAAUAAGUUUUAAAAACUCGCGUUUCUGUACAUAAAACCACUUAAUAUAAUAUUAUUUUUUCAAAAUCCCUUUUUAACGACAGACAAC